UGAAAUUGAAAAUAUUAAAGAAGUAUGUUACAAAAAUGGUUACUUAUAAUAUUGACAAUUUCGAUUUGUACUCCAAAACCUAUUCGGCAAAAGAGCUUUCAUUCAUCAUGCUUGGAGGCUUCGUUUUGUUCCCACGAUCGCAAAAGAAGAUGUGGACUCGAACCUAAAACAAAAGAAGUAAGGUGGUUUAUCGACCAGUGUGACAUACUUGAAUUUAAUUGUGAAUACGGCACUAAAUUCAAAAUGGCUCCUACAGUAAAAUGUCAACAAGUACCGCCAUUAUAGUCCACAAACAACAAUCCAUCACAAAAUAUUCACAUUAACAGUCACUAAACAUUAUACGUCGAAACUCAUAGAAUACCUAGAUUACGGGAAGUUUAAGUUAUUUCUUAGACAAUAGUAUGUUUUAAUAAACAAGGUGCUAAUAACACCAUGCAACUAGCUUCAUUUACAGUGCCUCGCUCCACAAGGCAAGCUAUCCUAUCGAAACCAGAAUGUCAAAUAAAUUAACAGGGAUUUUGGUGGUUUUCGUUUUAAUCACCUUGGUGUCUUCACACGGACCUCCAUUGGAGCGCGACAAUGAAGACAUAGCAAUGGGGAGGAAGGUAAAAAAAAUGGGUGCCAAGUGGUGCAGCAUGGCGAAGGUUUGCAAUCAUGAUCGCGUACCGAUCUGUGGCAUCAGUCACGCUGGCGAUGUGAUGGGCUUUCGAGACCUCUGCGACAUGUUUGACUAUAACUGCAUAAGAAGAAGGAAUUACAAGCAAACUGCCUGCCCAGAAGACAAGUCGAUAUUAACCGUGUCGCGACGCCCAACCAACAGUUUUUAUGAUGAUUAAUUUUAUUUGUAUAUACCAAACAUUAUAAAGUUAAUGAAAUAUAUUUUAUGUAAUGUUAAAAAGUAUAAAUUGUCUUCGCGUAAAUGAAGCUUAAAUAAAUAAAAUAACCUAUUCAAAUCU